ACUCUCACUGCCAGUGAUUAGCGGCUGCCUGUUUGCUGCAGACGGCUCUGUUAGCUCUGUGUAGUGUGGUGCGAUCCCUCAAGUUCUUGUGGGUUUGUACAGACGUUUUCAGGUAAAAGCAGCUUCUGUGGCGCUUUUCUACUCAACUAAACCUCACUGCAGCUCAACUUACUUCCGCCCCAAUGUCCAACACACUUCGCGUCGUCAACUUGCUCCAACAAGUGUCGCGGGCAUCAUGCCGGUGCCCAGCUCACGCCACAGUUUCAUCUGUUCAAGGCAUUAGAGACAGCCACCAUGACCACCAGGUGGACCUUCCAAAGAGCGACUAUGCAUUCGAGAUGGCCUGCUCCAACAUCCGCUAUGGACCCGGGGUGACCCGAGAGGUUGGAAUGGACAUGAACAACCUUGGUGAGAAUGUCUGCCUCAUGACGGACCCUAACCUGGUAAACUUGCCACCUGUUCGAGACACGUUGGACUCUCUUCACCGGCACAAUGUCAACUACAGCCUGUUCAGCGAAGUCUGCAUCGAGCCCACUGAUGACAGCUUCCAGAAGGCCAUAGCAUUUGCCCGAGCAUCGGAGUACGACGCAUUCCUGGCAGUGGGCGGUGGCUCCACCAUCGACACAUGCAAGGCCGCCAACCUCUACUCGUCCAACUGCGACCGGGACUUCCUGGAUUUUGUCAACGCUCCCAUUGGUCGUGGAAUUCCCAUACCAUCGAACCUCAAGCCACUGGUUGCAGUGCCCACCACGGCUGGCACGGGGAGUGAGACGACAGGUGUGGCCAUCUUCGACUACCUACCUCUGCGUGCCAAGACGGGCAUUGCGCACCGUGCCCUCAAGCCUACCCUAGGCAUCGUUGACCCCCUGCAUGCUCUCCACAUGCCCGAGAGAGUGGCCGCCUACAGUGGAUUUGACGUGCUCUGCCAUGCACUGGAGUCGUACACGGCCAUUCCUUUCAACAAGCGCACCCCUUGCCCACCCAAUCCCAUCCAGAGGCCUGCCUACCAGGGCAGCAACCCCAUCAGCGAUGUCUGGUCACUCUACGCACUGCGCAUCAUCAACAAGUACUUCAAGAGAGCUGUGUAUGACAAGGGGGAUGUCGAGGCCCGCUCCCACAUGCAUCUGGCCAGCGUCUAUGCUGGCAUUGGCUUUGGCAAUGCCGGGGUCCAUCUCUGCCAUGGCAUGUCCUAUCCUAUCGCCGGCCAAGUGAAAGACUACAAGGCAACUGAGUACGUCACCGAUCACCCCAUCAUUCCCCAUGGCCUCUCUGUGGUGAUGACGUCACCGGCUGUGUUUGAGUUCACCGCCGCCAUGUGUCCUGAGCGCCACGUUGAGGCAGUCAAGGCCCUCGGGGGUGACGUGACUAACCUGAAGGAAGCAGACGCUGGCCGGGCCUUGGCCGAUGUGCUGCGCAAGUACAUGCAGGACAUGAAGGUGGACAAUGGACUUACUGCCCUGGGCUAUGGCAGUGAGGACAUCCCUGCUCUCGUGAGGGGCACCCUGCCCCAGGAACGUGUGACACGCCUGUCGCCACGCACGCACACUGAAGACGACCUGACCCAGCUCUUUGAGGCUUCCUUGACUGUGUACUGAACGCCCACACAACUCGUGGAGCGAGGACCUGUCAUGCAGCAAUAGUCUUGUAUGCAGGAAUGCCGAUUACUUGGCUCUAAACUCCUGCCAACUUCUUGCCUCUUGGGCACAUGCUAGGUGCCAAAGUUGGAGCCUGUGCCCAAGCCAUGCCGAAGCUUCACUUCUAAAUGACAACGAUUGCAGAACAUUCAAUUAGAAACAAAGGUGGACAAGAUGGCGCACAGUACUCAGCACACCCAACUUUACCAGUGCACAUGACAGGGUUUUAAGGUGGACUUGUGUUUCACAGCAAUCUACAAGUCUUGCUGUAGAUACGU